UUGAUAUAGUACACGUUAGCCAUUGACUGAAUAUGAUAGGCGGUAUUAUUUGGAUCUACAUUGUAACCCAUGUAGUAGUCAGCUCAAGAAAUUUACUGUUUAAGGAACAGUCGCCCCCUUCAACUUUGAUUUUGACACACGUGGUAUUCAGACAUGGUAACAGAACUCCAGAAGUUACAGAACUAUAUCCAAAAGAUCCUUACAGGAAUUAUACUUACUAUCCUUUUGGAAGAGGUCAAUUAACAAACGCAGGUAAGCGAAGGGAAUAUUCGGUCGGAAAAGAACUGCGAGAUAGGUAUGGGGACUUCUUGGGUCCCGAUUACUACCCUGAAAUUGUGGACGCUGUUAGUACAAACUACAACAGAACGAAGAUGUCACUGCUGCUUGUGCUUGCGGGAUUGUUUCCACCGAAAGGUGUGGAGGUUUGGAAUAACUUCUUGAACUGGCAACCUGUUCCGUACAAUUACUUGCCCCAGUAUAAGGAUAAGGUUUUGCUAGGUACACUUUGUAAGAACUACGAAAUCAAAUACAAUGAAGUUGUAGCUUCGCCAAAGAUGCAAGCCGAAUAUAACAAAAACAAAGACGUUUUCAACUACAUUUCCAAAAAUUCUGGUUUGAAUGUUACCACAUUCUUGGAAACAUAUAAAUUAUUCUUCGGUUUAUCCACUGAAGAGGAGUGGGGCUUCAGAUUGCCGCUCUGGACGAGAAAAGUUUGGCCAGAGAAUAUAACGAAUUUUUCUGUUAAGGAAUAUUACGUGUCCACUGCAACUACAGAUUUGAAGAAAAUGGCUAGUGGUUACCACGUAAAGAAGAUUAUAAACGACACAGAGAAGAAAAUCAAGAAUGAAAAUGAGGUAAACGGCACAAAAAUAUACUUGUAUUCUGCUCAUGAAAAUAAUCUUGCGCAGCUACUAAUACUGUUGGACAUUCAAGUGGACCAUGUGCCUACCUAUGGAUCCUAUAUCGUUUUCGAGAUACACAGGAUCAAUAAAAUAUAUGGAGUCAAGAUUUAUUAUCAGAAUCAUCUUUCCAAAAACAUCAAGCUUUUGAAAUUGCCCGCCUGCGAAGAAUUAUGCCCUUGGGACAAGUUUCAGUCGCUGGUUGCCGAGUACAUUCCAUCUGAGGAGUUAUGUGAUGGCCAGGGAAGUGAGCCACAAGAAACUAAAAAUAGCAUUUUUCCUUUGAAUUUAAUACCUAAUAUUUUUCCUAAAAAAUGAUUAUUAUAAUAAAAAGAGUAGAAAA